UGCAGGCGUCACGUGGCCUUGCAGCCCUGGAAGUUGGAGGAGCAACAUGCUGGCAGGCGGUGGCGGCUGGGUCUGGCUGCCCCUCCUGUGGCUGGUGGGGUGCCGGGCAGGGGAUCCCGCCGGGUAUAAGAGGAAGGUCUCCCUGGAAUAUAACCCUGGCUGGAACAGCUCUGCCGUGAACCUCCUGCACGUCCGGGCAGUGGGUCUCAACGACACCAUCCAUUAUGUCUGGAGUACCAUCGGGGCACCCACUGUGUUGCUGGUCUACACAGGAAGCCAGAGCAGUGGUCUCCACGUCAACUGGACCCGGCUCCUCUCCCCCUCGCCCUCCGGAGCCAUCCAGGUCGAGCCAGCUGGAAGCGUUUUGUAUUCCAUGGCUGUCAUCUUUUCCAAGGUGUUUGAGUACAACGGCACAGAGACCUCGGAUCUCUCCAAAGCUAAUGCAAGCAGCUUCUACCCCACCUAUGAUUUGGCCAACUUCACCUGGGACAGCCUCGAUGGCCGGCUGAAUGAGACUACUUUGACGGCGACGUUUCAGGGGGUUGGCUCCCACUCUGGAGGAACCUUCCAGAACGGAAGCAUCUCCUUCCAGGUGGCGGCGUAUGAAGAGACCGGCCGCGACGGCCCGCUCCCGCGUCUCCUGCACACGGCCAACAGCUCCAAGGUGGACUUCGUUAUGCGCGGGGUUGCUCCUCGGGGCAACCGUUCUCGCUUUGCGCUGGAGAUCGUCACCGUGGAGGAGAGAGGUGGGCAGAAGCAGUUGGAAUCCACCCGCUCAAUCGACGACGAGUAUACGCCGACCAUAUUCGAGAUGGCCCAGCUGGUUUCUGUCCCCCGCAACAACAGCACUGGGUUCAGCUUCCUCCAGUGGAAGACGGCAGCGUACAGCGCCUUGCAGCCCAAGCGGGAAGACACCGUUCACUGCGAGUAUUACCAGCUGGAGACGGAGAAUCACACCGUUCCUCGGCCUAGCAUAGCCCACGCCUACUUUGGGGAGGAGCUGGAGGUCCACAACGGCGUGGCCGCCAUCAACAUCUCCUUCGGCAGCGAGGACAGCGAGGCCUACCAAGAAAAGAGCUACCUGAGCUGGUCUGCGCUGAUUGGCUUCGGCGAGCCCCCCAAGGACGGGUUCUCCCCCCUCGUGAUCGCAAUUCUCGCAGUGGGGCUGGGGACUCCAGUGCUGCUCCUGGUGGGGGGCAGCAUCACCGUCCUCGUCUCUCGGAAGAAGCCCUAUUCAGAGGAACAAAGCUUUUCCCUGACGGAGCCCUUCAGAGAUGGUGGAGGCUGCAGCUGUUUCUCUUGCUGUGCAAUAUAAUGAUGAUGAUUUGAACAGCUAUAUCCUUUGGUUCUCUCUCCUCCGUGAUACAGCUGUCAAAUGUGGGAAGGGAAGCUGACGACCCGUUUGUCUUUUUCCCCACAAAAAGGGUAAGCCACUGCUGUUGCGUUUACAGGCUAACGGCCAUGAAACAAAGGACAAAUUGCACUAUUGACUGUUAAGUAAUGCACCUUUUUUAUUAUUCUGGAAGUUAGGGUAAGAAAACCAGGACAUCCCAAAACA